AAAUUGUCAGGAGUGGACCAACGAUAGUGGAGGACAUGACAUGGAAACCAGAGUGAGAGAAGGGUAAAAAGAAAAAAAAAUGGCUAUAAAAAGCGGAGAAGAGAAUUUGAUUUCAGUUAGAAGAAGCAUAAGAGAAGUAACAAAUUACAUAUUAAAAACAAAAUGAAGAUGGCGAUCGGAACUGUUUUACUGAUGGUGGCCAUAGUUUCAUGCUUAUCCUCAUUUGCAAACGCCGCCCAGGGACUCGCCGUUUACUACCCGCCCCGCAACAACAACUACCUCCCAUCCAAGUGCUAUGGGUAUCAAGAUAAUGGGUGGAUGGUGGCGGGAGUGAGUGAUGCGCUUUGGAACAAUGGCGCAGCCUGUGGGAGGAGGUACAGAGUGCGAUGCAUCGGAGGAGCCAACGCCGCUCCACAUCCUUGCAAAGCCGGUAGCGUGGUUGUUAAAGUCGUAGAUUACUGUAGAUCAGUUUGUUAUGGAGAUAUCAAUCUUUCCCAAUAUGCUUUCUCCCAGAUUGCUGAUGUUAAUGCUGGAAAAGUCAGAAUUGAAUAUUAUCAGGUUUGAAGUUUGAAGCUUUUCUAUUUGGAGAGGAGAAGAUGUUUAUUAAGCAUUAAGCAAAAGAAGUGUUCUCUAAAUAGUUAUGAAUAAAUCAAGUACCUAACUUGUCUUUUGCACUUAAUUUGAUGUAUUCACUCUUCCGGGCUGCAUUUUGUUAUUGAGAAUAAUAAAAUAUUAAUGGGUAUUCGGGAAUGUAUGUGAAAGAAAAAGACUUUGAAAGAUUGGUUAAUUCCCACUAAUCUCCGUGAUAAAUAUAAUUGUAGACAGAGAAAAGGUAAGUCAAAUUGUUAAAUAACUAUUAUAACCUAUUAUUAUCCAUUCACUUGUACGAAAUUCAACACUUUCUAAAAUUAGAAUUCAAACAAUCUGGUAUCUUGCUGACUGAAACAUGGUAACAGCUCCGUUAUUCCAAGAAAAAAAACAAACUGCCAAAUUUUGCCAAUGCUUUUUAUCCUCAACAACUAUUUGGCGUUGGCCCCAUGGUUCAAACCUAAAACAAGUAUAUAAAUGAAGGUUCGUCAAUGGUGGCUAGUUUUGAUCCCAUAAACCACCGGAAAAAUGGCAUAUAUUACUUCUAAUGCCUUGCCUGCAGAUGCAGGAGAGAGUUUUCAGACAUUGAAUGGUUCAAACGUACUGAAGGUAUGCAUAAAGUUGCCGCCAAAUAUUCACUCAGACGGCAUAUGGGAUUACAUAGACCACGGUGUUCAUAACCCGCUAGAGGCUACGUUGCCGCGGCUGGAGCUGCAACUUCUUGGAGUUCUCUUCCUUACCCAGCUUCUCCAUUAUGCUUUUAAAAGAUCCGGAGUCCCAAUGUUUGUUUCACAGUGUCUUGCCGGCCUCAUUUUAGGUCGCACGGUACUGGGGCAGAAUGAAAGUUAUAGUCGAAUCAUGCUUUCAUAUCACAGCCAAGAAAUUAUUGACACAAUGGCAGGAUUCAGCUUCGGACUAUCUCUAUUUCUACUGGGCAUUAGAAUGGAUGUCAGCUUGAUAUUUAGAACAGGAAAGAGGACAUUCUACACUGGUGCAACAUCUUUCUUGAUACCUUUAGUCCUUGGCUUGCUAGCAGUGGAACAAGCUUGCAGAUUAUGGGGUCUAAACUCAGACGAGGAAAUGAAACUCAUUGCGGUUACCAUCGUACAUUCCGCUUCUGUGUCUUCUGUUCUUGCUAACCUGCUCCUUGAUCUUCAGAUCAUCAACUCAGAGAUUGGACGGUUAGGGUUAUCCACAGCCAUGGUUUCUGAUAUGUUAAGCGUAUUCGUCACUGGUGUGAUCAUCUUAUUGAAGGCUAUUCAAACACAGACGGUGGUAUCUCUGGCAGAGAUAGCAUCAGUUCUGGUGUAUAUCAUUUUAGUCGUGCUCAUUUUUAGGCCAGCAAUGAGUUGGGUUGUCAGGAAAACGCCAGAAGGCAGGCCUGUUAAGAAUUUAUACACUCAUGCAGUUAUUCUUGGAGCUCUGGCAUCUAGUAUUCUCUCUAUUUGGUUCAGCACAUUCAUCUUCGUUGGUCCUCUAGUUUUUGGGUUAGCUGUACCAGAUGGACCGCCAUUAGGAUCUGCAGUGCUUGCUAAGCUUGAUGAUCUCGUCAAUGGCGUGGUUUUUCCUCUUUUUAUAACCACUUGCACCAUGAAAGCUGAUCUCUUCGACCUUGCAUUUGAUGCCCAUUUGAUGAAGGGCACUAUAAUGGUGGUAGCUGUCAUAACCAUAGCAAAAUUUAUUGCCUCUAUGGUUCCUUCUUAUUUCUGCAAGAUGCCUAUAAAGGACACUGCAGCAUUUGGGAUCAUGAUGUGCUGCAAAGGGAUAGUGGAGAUGGGCACCUAUGUCUUCUGCGCAGACAAUGGGAUCAUAACCAGACAUAUGUUUGAUCUGUUAAUUGUUAUAAUUCUGGUCACGAGAACCACCGUCACCAUCGCAGUUAAAUGGCUAUAUGAUCCUUCAAGGAUAUAUGCAGGCUACCAAAAAAGAAAUAUAAUGCAUUCCAAACCCAAUUCAGAGCUUCAUAUACUCGCCUGUAUUUACAAGCCCAGCAACAUUCCAAAAAUCAUCAAUUUUCUUGCAGCCCUGGGUCCAACCACACACAGACCUCUUGCCCUUUAUGUCCUUCAUCUAAUUGAGCUAUGCGGAACAAGCGUCCCUCUCUUCAUCUCCCAUCGGUUGCAGACGAAAACUGUCUUGAGAAGCCCCUACUCUGAAAAUGUUAUUCUAUCUUUCAAAUGCUUUCAAGAAGAAAAUGAAGGCAUAACUCAAUUGAACACGUUCACUGCUAUCUCCCCACCCAAGUUCAUGCACGAGGAUAUAUGUUUGCUUGCUCUCAACAAUCUCACCUCCCUUAUACUACUCCCUUUCCAUGGGAAAUGGUCAGUUGGUGGGUUUUUAGAAUCACAAGACACCAACACAAGGGCCUUGAAUUGUAGUGUCCUUGAAAGAGCACCUUGUUCUGUGGGAAUCCUUAUUGAUCGAGGUUUUUCAGGACAAUUAACUUUGAGGGGAAAUUCGAAACCCUCGUCUCUCUCCAUUGCCAUGAUCUUCUUUGGAGGUAGUGAUGACCGUGAGGCAUUGACCCUAGCAAAACGCAUGAGCCAGAAUACAAGAAAUAUGCUAACUGUGCUCCGGUUCAUUGACAAGAACGAUAAGGGUGGAACAGAUUGGGAGAAAAUGCUCGACUCAGAGGUGUUGAGAGAGAUAAAACCUAAAGAAAUCACAAAUCCAAGAGUUAAAUACAAGGAAUUAGUGGCAGAUGGACGACAAGCAGCAUCUGUAAUUCAAAGUACAGCACAUAAAUUCGACCUUAUUAUUGUUGGGAGACGACACAACCUGGAAACUUCACAAACCUCAGAUCUCAGCAGGUGGAACAAGUUCCCGGAGCUAGGCGUUAUAGGAAACUUUCUUGUCUCAGCAAACCUCCCUUGCAGAAAUUCAAUUUUGGUUGUACAACAACAGCAAACUGUAUAAUACUGUGAUUCAACACAUCAAUUAAUUUUGUAGCUUUGCUUUUAGGAAAUAUCGGUAUUUUCUUUAUUUGGAGGCAUGGCUUUUAUACUUAAACACUUUCAUUCUCCUUCCUUAAGUCCGACGAAUGAAAUUGAAGCCAACCUUCUUGUAAAUAAUACAAAUAAGUAUACAGUUGUUUUUUUAUAUAGAUGAAUAAAACAUACACCCUAUGCA